GAGUGUCAAGAUCGAGGAAAAGGAUCGUCAUGUGUACGGCACAGUACUCGGACAUUUCUGUUACAUUGUCGCAAUUUAUGCUGAAAGUUGUAGGGAUCUGGAUGUCCGCAAAUGAUGCCGAAAAACGUCAAAGAAAAUUCGCUAUGGCGUACACAAUCGGCUUGCAUAUUUUCUCCUUGUAUAUAAAUCUCACUGAUAUUUACUACAGCUGGGGCGAUUUUGACUAUUGCAUUUACGUGAUAUCCACUCUUUUAUGCAUCGCUCUGUCAUUUUUUAAAAUUAUGAUACUAUACAUCCUCAAAACGGAGUACCAGAAUAUAAUUUUAUAUGCACAGAAGAACUUUUGGCAUCUCAAGUACAAAGGCAACGAUAAGAUACUUUUCAUGGAAUGUCGAAAGUUUUGCAAACUAUGGGCCAUAACCGUGUGCUUCUUUAUGCAAGCGAGUGUGUCUUUCUACAUAAUUACACCGCUAUGUGCUAACUAUGGAAAAAACAAAUCAGAGAGGAUACUUCCGUUUCAAAUGUGGCUCGAUAUACCGAUGAGUAUGACACCGUAUUAUGAAAUACUGUUCACCAUUCAGGUAAUAUCAACACAACAAGUCGGUAUGAGCUUUAUAUGCAAUGACAGCUUCUUGUGCAUACUGAAUACACACGUGGCAUACCAAUUUCGUAUGCUCCAGUACAGGAUUUGUAAUUUAUGGAAAUUCAUCGUCGAACAAAAGGAUAAAAUAGAUUAUACCGAGAAAUACUACACAGCAUUGAAGGAAUGCAUCAGGCAGCAUCAAUUAUUGAUCAAAUUUUGCGACAAGCUCCAGAAGGUUUAUACAUUACCAAUUCUCGCCCAUGUAAUAGUUUUCAGUCUGUUAAUGUGCAUCGAAGCAUACGAGAUAUUCCUGACAGACGUAGCUGUAACAACGCGCCUCACUUUUAUAUUCACCGUGAUUGGUAACUUUAUCCACAUAGUUUUCUUCACGUAUAGUUGUCACGGAUUAAUAGAGGAAAGUACAAACGUAGGCUCAGCAACGUAUUCAAGCUGGUGGACGAUCUUACCAAUGACUGAAGCUGGCAAAAUGAUACGAAAGGAUGUGAAUUUAAUGAUGAUGAAAUCGAUACGACCGUGUUGUCUGUCCGCCGGUGGAUUCUUUCCAGUGUCUUUGGAAACAUCUACUGCACUUCUGAGCUCGACAUUUUCAUACUUCACACUUAUAAGGGAAUCAUCCUUGCGGAUUGAGGGAAAUUAAGUCACGAUAUGUACGUGGAAUGAAAAUAUCUUAUCUUUGACGUUUACAAACACUCUUAGUACUUAUAUUUUGGUAACUAUAAAACUAUUAGUUAAUUAAACGAUUGAAUUAUGAGGUAGAAUUUUUUAUAGAAGAUGUGACGC